CCGACACUACGCCCCCUCCGCCGCAUUUCGCACUAACACCUUCAGUACGACCAGAAGGUUGACAACCAAGAGAGAGGAAAAAAACUGGGCCUUCUGAGGAAUGACUGUGUCAUUUACGUCCACGGUUUAAGGAAAUUUUAAAAGGGUACGUGCCGCCCGGGCCGAACGUUUCUCGCCGAAGCCGCCACUUGUUGCCCCGAAGCCGGAAAGCAAGAAUGACACAGAAAACCAAAGUGAAGCCUUGGGCCGAGCUGAAGCAAGCCGGCAACGAAUGCUUCAAAGCGGGCCAGUACGGAGACGCCACCCGCUACUACAGUCAAGCCAUCGGCGAGCUACAUAAGACUAAUCCGAAGAAUGUGGAGGAUUUGAGCGUGUUGCACUCCAACCGUGCCGCCAGCUACCUCAAAGAAGGAAAUUGCGCAGAAUGUUUGAAGGACUGCAACACUUCUCUGGAAUUGGUACCGUUCAACGUGAAGUCAUUGCUGCGCCGGGCCGCCGCCUCAGAGGCUCAGGAGCGUUACCGGCAGGCCUACGUGGACUACAAGACCGUUCUGCAGCUGGAUGCGCACAUUGUGGCAGCGCAUGACGGAGCAAACCGGAUGACAAAAGCACUGACGGAAGCAGAUGGCCCGAUGUGGCGAGAGAAGCUCCCGACCAUCCCCGUCGUGCCUCUAGCUGUCCGGGAGAAGCUCAGACAAACUGCCCCUACUGCACCGCCGCAACACAACGGUGUAGCGCAGAACCACAAUCCACUGGGCCAGGACGUACAGCGAGCCAAGUUGCUCAAGGAGGAGGGAAACGCGUUGGUCAAGAAAGGGGAGCACGCCCAGGCCGCCGACAAAUAUACACUGAGCAUCCUCCACCACGGCAGAGAGGCCGCCACUUUCACCAACCGGGCAUUGUGCUUCCUGGCACUGAAGCGCUACCACGAUGCAGCCUCUGAUUGUGAUGCAGCGCUCGCCAUCGAUGGCACAAACAUCAAGGCACUCUACCGACGGGCGCUGGCGCAAAAGGAACUCAAGGACAUGAAAAGUUGCGUCCGAGACCUCAACAAGCUCCUGGAGGUGGAGCCAAACAACACAGCCGCAAUCAAGCUGCUCCAGGAAGUACAACUACAACAGAAACAACAACCACCGCCACCUUCACAGGAGAAGAAGAAGAAGUCAAAGACCAGGAAGAAAUCAAAAGGUGCUCAUUCGCAUUGGGGUGAGCCAGAUGGGAUGACUGGGGGCAUCUGAUCCAGAUGCCUCCCUGGUGAGGUGUUCCGGGGACGUCCCACCAGAAAGAGACCCCAGGGACGGCCUAGGACACGCUGGAGAGACUCUCUCGGCUGUCCUGGGAACGCCUCAGGACCCCCCCCCCGAAGCGCUGGAUGAAGUUAAAGCGACUGCCCUCGCGACUUGACCCGGAGAAGCGGUAGAAGAUGGAUGGAUGGUGAAUAAGAAAUGUUGGAAUUUAACUUAUUUCAUGGUAUUUAAGUAUCUGUUCAACAACUUAGGACAGCACCUUUUGUCUGAAGCCACGGGCUUUUAAAGUCAGCAAAAGUACUGGAAUAUUGAUUUCACGAGUGAAAUAAAGUUCACGUGAAUAACAUUGAA